UUCACGUUUUUUUAGUUUACAUUUCUGAUCAUUUCUUAUUUCAUUUAACACAUUUUUUAUAGUUUUAGUUUGUUAACAAAAAGGUCACUGAAACCGAAAAGUAUAGGCAUCUAGAGUGCAUGCGCUGAAUGUUGAAUGUGUGUGUGUCUUUAAGCAUUUGAGUGUGUGAUUUCUGGUUUGACUGGUUUUUCUCUAAGAGAAAGUGAUAGCAAGUGUUUUAAAAACUAUUUACAAGAGACAAAUCAGUAGAGCAGUUGUUUCUUUGCAGGGAUGAAGCUGGUUGGUGUGGCGCUGAUGUUUUGUGCAGUUACAGAUUUAAGAUCAGAGGUGUAUAAUGUUGUGGGACCUGCAGAACCUCUUUUUACUCUCACUGGUGAAGAUGUGAUCCUGCCCUGCUCCAUCAAGCCCAACACCAGUGCUGUAAACAUGAGAGUGGAAUGGUUUAGACUUGACCUACAAGACUCAAUAGUGUAUCUCUAUGAAAAUGGUGAAAACAAAAUCACGAAGCAGAACCAAUACUUCAGAGGAAGAACAGAACUGUUCCAAGCAGAACUGCAGAAUGGAAACGCGUCACUCAAACUCUCAUCUGUCCAAGUCUCUGAUGAAGGAGUUUACAAGUGUUUUAUUGAGUCCAACUCCUGGUAUGAUGACAUCACUGUUAGUGUUGAUGUUGGAGCUGUAGGGACUCCUCCACUGAUCAUUGUAGAGGAUUUCGAUCAUUUAGGAGGGCUUCGUCUGGUGUGUGAAUGUGAAGGUUGGAACCCUAAACCUGAGCUUCAGUGGCUGGACAGUAAAGGAGAGAAUUUGGCUUCUGAUACUGAAGAGACACAUAAAGAUGCAAAGGGCUACAACGUGAAACGCAGGAUCACUGUACGUGACAGUGAAACCAAGUAUCAGUGUAGAAUCAAACUGAGACAUCAUAUGGUGCAAACUGACAUUAUUGUCUCAAGUCAGAUCUUUCACAUUUGGAGAACAUCGGUUAUUUGGAUAUCAAUUACAGUUGUUCUCAGCAUCAUUACUGCAGUUGCAGUUGCUACCUUUGUUUACAUAAGAAGAGUACGCUAUUUGAGGAGGAUCCAAAAAGAGUUCGCAAAGAGAAGGAAAUAUGCAGCGGAUGUGACACUAGAUCCAGAUACAGCUCAUAAUUGUCUCAUCUUGUCUGAAGAUGGGAAACAAGUGCGACGUGGAGAAAAAAAACAGAAUGUCCCAGACAACCCUGAGAGGUUUAAUAAAUGUGGGAAUGUCUUGGGAAAGCAGGGAUUCUCAUCUGGAAGGUUUUAUUUUGAGGUGCAGGUGAAGGGGAAGACUGAUUGGGAUAUAGGAGUGGCCAGAAAAUCCAUUACCAGAAAGGGGAAGAUCACACUGAGUCCUCAGAAUGGUUACUGGACAGUGCGCUUGAGAAAUGGGAACCAGUAUAGUGCCUGUGCAGGACCCACUGUCUCUCUCUCCCUGAAAGUUAAGCCCCAGAAGCUGGGUGUGUUUGUGGAUUAUGAGGAAGGCUUAGUCUCUUUUUAUGAUGUGGAGUCCAGGACUCAUAUCUACUCUUUCUCUGAUCAGUGGUUCACUGAGGAUCUCUAUCCGAUCUUAAACCCAUGUACAAACAUUAAAAACAAAUACUCUGCCCCACUGAUCGUCUCAUCUGUAGAUUUCAAAGAGUGAAUAAACUGACUUAUAAAUGUAAAAUAAAAAUAAAAUUAUUGAAAUAUAUAUUAUAUAAAAU